ACCGUUGAAGAGGUUAGCUCUCGUCGGUCCUUUUGUCUUGCGUCUAGAAGACUGGCUGUUAGCCUUCGCGAAUGUCUAUCAAAGCUUUUUUCUUCGUUAUCUUCUACAACUGUGUUGAGAUAAGCAUUCAGCAAGAUUGUGCAAGCAAUCCAUGUCAAAAUGCGGCCCCUUGCAGCAAUUUAAAUCCAAAUGGAUACAAAUGCGAGUGCCCAACUGGAUUUACAGGAACUAACUGUGAGACAAAAAUGUGUUCUAAUGACGAUUGUAACCAACAGAGUGGAGGAGGAAUAUGUAAUUCAAACAGAAAGUAUGAUGAACCAAUUUCUGGUGACAACCCAAAUUGCCUCUGUAGGAAUGGCUUUACAGGCCAUAAGUGCCAUAUAGAUAUUAAUGAAUGCACAUUAAGCGGUGGACAUCAGACAUGUGGUUCAUUUCCGUGUGUUGACAGACUGGGGGGAUUUUACUGCAACUACUGUUUCAAUGUUACUUGUGAUGGUAACACAACGUGUAAGGUAAAUGAAGCUGGAAAAACGUAUCGUUGCGUUCUCCCCGGGGAAGUCUACCCACCUACAGUAACAUCAUUGCCAUUAGCAUCAACUCAAGUAACUCAGCGAACCAUACAUGCUACAUCUCAACAAUCCUCAUCUUCCACAUCUCAACAAUCCUCAUCUUCCACAUCUCGACAACCCACAUCUUCAGACAUUGUUGGGACAGUGCCAUUUGUAGCUGAUACACAAGGAGAAGCAGGAAAGGUUUCGAGUGGAGAUGAUGGUGUCAGUACAGGCAUGAUUGCUGGCAUAGCAGCUGGAGGUGUGGUUGUGGUUCUUGUCAUCAUUUUUAUUAUCGUUAUUGUCCUGAGGAGAAGUAGGAGACCCACGGAAUCAUACACAGUCAACAAGAAUUCGUCUGCUGUAGAUAAAGGACAAUACCCAGAAACAAUGGAGUAGAAUCAGUUGUAGCUGCAUGAGAUUCCAUGCAGUAGGCAUGUGGUGAUUAUGUUUAAUUAGUUAAGUUUAGUAAUCGUGGUUUUUGCAUAAGUGAUCUGUAUUAAAUUUCAAAUGCCAUAUUCUUGCACCUUUUGCUG